AGGGUACUGCAAUCUUUCUGUUGAUAAGUUAACGUCGCUGUUCAUUGUUGUUCUUUUACAGAAAGCUUCCUUUUUUGCUUACAUUAAAAGUACAAAAACAAAGCAGUGUUUUGCACAUAAUUGCUACUUUUGACAUGUCAUCAGAUGAAUCGAUAUCAUCGUUAUCGUCAUUAUCGUCAUCAUCGUCAUCUUCCUCAGAAGAGAAAAAAAGUCACGACUAUAGAAGAAGCGAAAAUCCAACAAUAUGUCAUCGGAGCGUAGUUCGAAAAAUGCGGAAAAGGGAGAAAAGAAAAUUGAAAGGCAACUUCGCGAAUGGGAAAUAUCAUAUGGAUCUCAAGAAGUGGCCGAUCUUAAAUUUGCUACAGCCAGAAUUUGCUUCACGGAUUGAUACCGUUAUGGUAUUUGGUUCUGGUAUGGAAUGUAACGGGGCUCUAAUCAUAACUAGAAAUAAAAUGGUAUAUGCUUUAGGCAAGAAUUCCAAAGGUCGAUUGGGAAUAGGCUUUAUAAAGUAUACUCUGCAUCCAAGAAUAGUGUCUAUUCUUUGUCGGAAAGGCAUAAAAACAUUAUUUCAUCGUAUACGUCCAGGUCCUCGCAAGUUUUCACAGGUUUUUGCUCUUACAGAAGAAGGAGAGGUAUAUUGUUGGGGUGAUAAUAAUGGAAAAAGCUUAGGAUUAGGAACUGCCAAAGAAACAGUGCGCACACCAACUCACUUGGCUUUUUUGCAACACUGUCGUAUUAUAGACAUUGCAUGUGGUGAAGACCAUUGUCUUGCUCUUACGAAUGAUGGAAAAGUUUAUACUUGGGGUUUAAACAUUUUUGAGGCAAAAAAUGGCAUAGUUAUUAUACACUAUACACCAAUUCAAAUGAAAGAUGAAUUUGAUGCAAAGAAAAUUGUAUAUAUUGCUUGUGGUCGUUGGUGUAGCGUAAUAGUCACUGAUAAUAGUGACAUUUACACUUGGGGCGAUAAUUUUGAAGUUGACUCUUAUCGUGCCAUUGAUUAUAGUGGUGAUGAUAAUUAUCCUAGUAUUGAUAACUGUAAUGAUAACAAUAUUGAUAACAAUUACAGGGAUAAUAUACGUAUAAAGCAAAUUUUUGAAAACUUUAAAAUGCCUCAUAAAAUUUUCUCACGAAAAGGCGUCAAAAUAGUUAAAGCAGUCUGUGGAAGCAGGCAUGUAAUAAUGCUCACUGAUAAAGGAGAGUUGUACGUCUGGGGCCAAAAUAAUUGUGGACAAUUAGGCACUGGCAAUAAAGAGAAAGUUCUUUCUCCAAUUAAGUUGGAACAAUCUAAAAUGGGGAAAGUGGUGGACAUAGCUGCUAUACAUUGCGCCGACACAAGUGUUGCCUUGAAUAAAGAUGGACGUAUCUAUGUAUGGGGCUCGUAUUCUGGAUUGCAUAUUGUGCUUCCCACAGUUACCUUGUUUUCGAACAUGUAUGAUGUUUUCGCUUUCAAUAACUCAAUGGGCAUUAUGUAUCGACCGUUGAUCAUGUUGGGUGAAGAGUUAAGUGUAUUAAAAUCUGUGGAAACUAUGUUCGAUGAUCCCGCAACAAGUGAUCUUACGAUAAAAGUCAAAGGAAAGCCUAUUUAUGUUCAUAAAGCUAUGUUAAGGGCUCGUUGUGAGUAUUUCAGAAAUAUGUUCCAACAUAAUUGGGCAGAAUCCAAUCAAAAUGUCAUCGAAAACGAACAAUUUUCAUACUCCAUAUACAAGGCUUUCUUAAAAUAUUUAUAUACUGGUGUAGUAGAUUUACCUCCCGAAGAUGCAUUCAAUCUCAUAACUUUAACCGAAGUCUAUUGCGAGACAAAGCUUAAGGAGGAAUGCGUUUGUAUAAUAAAGGAAAAAAUUACUGUGUCAAAUCUAGCGUUUAUUUACGACAAGGCAAAAAAAUACAAUUUAAAGGAAUUGGAAAAAUAUUGCUAUAAAUUUGCUGAAGAUCGCAAAAAAUCCGUUAUUCUAACUGAAAUUUGCUCCAAGUGGAAUGAAAAAACCAAAGAUGCUUUUAUGCCUAAUGCAGCAAAUGCUGGUUCGCCAUCCUCCUAAAGAGUACAAUGCAAUAUAUUAAAAUAAAAUAUAGAAUAUAUUUCGACAGAAAGUUAUGACAACUCUGUUCCUAAAUGUUACAUUUUUUAAAAGAGAGAGAGAAAAUAAAAGAUUGGUUUUUUAUCA